GAAUGGCCACAGCAGUAGGACGUUGUGUACUAGGGCAGUUGAAUAAACUGCGAACAUACAGAUGUGUUGCAAAUGUAACAAGUGUACAAUGUAGAAAUAUCAGUUUUUCACAACGUCUUUUAGGAGUUAAGUACUUCACAGAAAAACAUGAGUGGGUGGAAGUUGAUGGGGAUAUGGGCACCAUUGGAAUCUCUGAAUUUGCCCAGGAUCAACUGGGUGAGGUUGUAUAUGUACAGCUGCCUGAAAUGGACACAGAAUUAGAACUUGGGCAGGAGGCGGGAGUAUUAGAGAGUGUUAAGGCAGCCAGUGAGGUGUACAGCCCCAUCUCAGGGGUGGUCAAAGAAGCCAACACUGCUUUGGAGGACAACCCUAAACUUGUCAAUGAAUCCUGUUAUGAAAAAGGUUGGCUGUACAAGAUGACUGUUGGGGAACCAUCUGAGCUUGAGCACCUGAUGAAGGAGGAUGACUACCUCAAAUUCAUCAAGGAAUAAAAUUCUUAAUCUAUCCAAAAACAUGUCUUUGCAAAAUAGGACUUUUAUUAAGGAAAUGAGUUGACGUGAUUCUAAAUUUGUAUGUGUGUGUUUAUGUACAUUUCACAGUAUUUUUAAAGGCCUAUCGUUGAAAGUAAGUCCUACACUAGAUACUGAUCUAAUCAUGUAUAAGAGUAUAAGAUUAUUUUCCUUGGAAUUCGGAAUACUUUUUUAAAAACAUUAAGAUAUAUAAAUAAUUUAAUUCUGGUUAUAACGCGGUAUUUGAUUGUAUAAAAAAAUUACUUUAUAUCGUAUAAAUUGGGUUGCCUACGUCACAAUGACUUGCAUCAAAAACGUAUCGAUCCGCCUGACAUUACAUUUAAAUUUUUUACAAUUUGAAGUCAUUUUUUAAGGGCAUUCAUCUUUUUUCUUACACUAAAUGAAUGAAAUUAAAUUAUAAGGAAUGAAAUUAAUAGCUACCAAAUUUAUACGGUAUAAAGUGGGUUUGAACAGUUUACGUUUUUUAAUAAACCGCUUUGCAGUUUAUAAAGCGUAAACUGCCCCAACCUACUUUAUACCGUAUAAAUUGGGUAGCAAUUAAAUUCAUUUCUUAAAUGAAGUUUCUUUUAAUGUAUGCUAUGGAUCUCGGUAUUUUUUCGUAAUUUCAUAUAUAUACAUUAUAUUGAAGAUUAUGUACCGAUAUUCUGCUUGUCACUCCACAUAUGUUAAAAUGUAUUUAAUUAUGAACCUUGGAUUUGAAUCCCAAUUGUUGACAUUCUCUAUGAACUUUGUGAAUCUCAAAUGUACAUGCUGUUUUGGAAUGCUUAUUAUGCAAUUAUUUGUGAAGAAUGAAAGGAAGCAAUUUUUCUUACAAAUUUUAGAAAGCUACAAUAUGAAAACAAUGUGUAUUGAUAACAUGAAUCGUAGAAUGAUCUUGUAGUUUUAAGUUUAACUUAAUUAGAGCAGUUGUUUUUCAAAAUAAAAGCUAAAUGUUUUCUGCACAGCAGAGGUGAUAGGAAAAUAAAAUACAGGAGUAGAUAUGACUUGUAUUGUUAUGCUUCAGGUGUAAUUGCAUGGUACAUUUAUAUACAGAGAAAUUCAAGUCAAACUUGAGACCAAGCAAUUUUUUAAGAUUUUUAUUUAAAAUUCUUUUGAGUACAUGCUGUAUAUGUAUUUGUGACCCAGCUUUCUUUGAAUGAGUAUGUGCUCUCAAGAAGCUGACUCCCUAACAGACAGUUAAUACACCAGGGUUUUAUUUUCCUCCUUGAUUCUGAUUGUUAAGUUAAAUUUAUAGUAGUGCAAUCUUAUUUAAAAAGUAAGAUGAACAGUAUUGAUGAGUUGGCUACCCUAAUUCACAAGUGCAUUCCAUACUACAGCAAAAUACGGUCACAGGCUACACAGACUAUAGAUUUUCCUUGCCUUAUCUGAUAUAAAUGUGUGUAAAAGCAGUUGUAAUGAUAAGACCAACCAUCUAACAAUGACAAUGAUGCCCCUUCCCCUAGUAACUUCAAAUGCUUUUCUGUUACAGAAAACCUUAAUCAUCUCUUAAUGUAUUUAAUGUAAAGAUCAGUAUUAUUUAGAACACCAUCAGACUGACUGUCACAGAUCAGGAGUCAGGGUUCGUAUUUGAAAGUCAAACAACAUCAAACAAGAUUAAUGCUAAAGUAAUAUUCCUUGAAUUUACUGUUUUAAAGUGUCUUGUUUAGGUAUGUGUGCAAUUACUUAUGUUUGUUUAAUAUAAAUGAAAAUAAAGAGAUAAUUCAA